GCCCGUCAUUUCCGGCUUUUGAACAAAGCAAGCUUUGUGAAUAUUAGCGUUGUUUUUCUUCGAUUUAUUGAUUAAUUUAUGCAUAACAUGUCGACAAGACAUUUAGUUUACACAUAAAGGUGAGCAGGCAGAAUGCUGGACCUCGGAGCUGUGAAGAAGGAUUUCAGCAUCCUGCUGUCCCAAGUUCAGCCAUGGACUCUCUCCCACUUUGUCAUGUGGCUCGACAUCAAAGUGGCCGAGUACAAGGUCUUCGGGCGCAUGAUCAUGGACAACACACCAAAUGACACUCCGCAGUGGCUGCGUGCAAGUGCCGACUACCUUGAGCAACAGCAGAAGGAAGCACAAGCCCAGGCAGCCGCCCAGGGGGAGAGAGAACUUUCCCCAACCAUCCCCACCUCCCUUCAGCCCCCAUUAUCCCCUCGCAGUGCCCAAACCCUCGCAUCUCUCAAACCUGCCAUGCAACAGAUUACCUCCAAUUGCGAAUCUGUGACAUCCUUCGCCUUUGCUACAAACCCUAGCUCCCAGUUUACGGUCUCGACAGUGAAUAACACCGUAGUGUCACCGUCGGUGUCGCCAGCUACUUCAGUAGUGGCAGCUAAUGUGCUGAGCAAUGUGUCAAAAACUACAGACUCAUUUCAAAAACCAUCAGCCCCUGUUUCCUCUCCAGAUGUUGAAGAUGCUUUUCAGAACAACACACAAAGAAUACCACCGAUCUCUCAUUUGUCACCAAAACAUAUCAGACAGUCUCAUAUUACUGACCAGAAUUUAACGAUGUCACUACCAGUCUCAUUGGCUGCAGGGAAGGAAUCUCUUACUACGGCAGAAGUUGAGUCACAGAUCGCUGUGCUUGAAAGCCAGAUUGCAGCUGUGAAUCGCAGCUUGAAAAAGUCUGCGCAGGCCACUACUGGCUUUGUUGAAUCAGCCGUCCCAACUUCAUCUACAACCAGCAAGUCUGGAAGACGCAAGGCUGACACGACCACUGAUGAGAAUGCCUCAUCAGCUCCAUUUGCUACCCCGACAGCUAAAAAGUCCCGCCAACAGUCACCAGUUCGAGCUGUGAGCGCAGCAUCUAGUGUCGAGGGAGUUCUACCUCCUUUACAUACAAGCAUGGACAUGCUCGCUCGUAUGCAUCGUCUCGAUUCUGAGGCCAUCCCUGAAUCAUUACGUUCACAAAAUAUCCAGUCCACCCUAGAAGCUUUUGAAGCACUGCGUACACAAACCUUCCCACCAAGUUCUGAGGCUCUAAGAGCGCAGAUUGCUGCAGAAGUUCAAAACAGUGCUCAGGAUAUGAGCCUGCAUCACCUUGGUGUUGAUAGAGACCAAAUGGCCGCCUAUGUGAACCAGGUGGACCCUGAGCAGAACUUCAACAUCAUGGAUCGUGAACAAACCUACACUCCCACCUCAGAUACAACCUCUGUCUCAUAUGCCAACCAGCAACAUGAAAUCAGGGUCAAAGUGGAAGCUGGCCAGUCGGACGAGGACAGUAUGGGUAUGGGGGAUGUUAACGCCCUCAGAGGUCUGGGUCCUGAUGUUGGUGGUCAAGCAGAGAUUGGGCCAGACGGGACUCAGGAUGAGGGGACUUAUCCAGUGUCCAUGUACGCUGCUGUGGCUAAUAGUACACAGGCUAAUGCGGAUGACAAGCUAGCAGCGGAGCUCUCCACCAAGAAGAUGCGUCGAAAGUUCCUCGAGUCAAUGAAGAACAGUAAUCCCAAGUAUUACUCUCACCAAAUACAACAGAUCAUUCCCUUCCCAGACAAAUUCCCUGUCGCUAACCUGGACUAUGGACUUAAGGCCCUGCAGAUGAUACAGACAGGGGAGAUAACGAGAGCUGGCAAGAUUCAACUGAUAGACACCAUCUUCCAUGAACUCAUCAAGUACACUGGACUGUACCCCACCCCGACCCAGAAGAUGGCUGUGGCCAAUGCUAUUGUGGAAACCUUCCCCACUCUGGCUGCGAAAAUGAAAGCCAGCCAUAUAUCUCCAGCUGACUCCUGGUAUGUGAUACUGUGUGACAAGUUCCGUAACGAGAGGCGCGGGCUGGGAGGGGCUGGAGCCUCACCGAGAUUGAAAGGAGCCAAGAAGGAGCACCACGACUCCAGUGUUGGCAUGGGAAUGGAGCAGCAGGUUGCCAUAGAAACCAUCGAUGACAGCGGGAUGGAGAUGAGACAAGGGGAAGUGGAGGUGGGUGUCUGGGAUUUUGACGUUGAUCAAGUUUUACAAGAGAUAGUCACAGACAGCAUGGCAUCGCAAGCCGCUGUGACCCAGGCAGCAGUAGCAGCAGUAUCAGCAGGCCAGUACCAUGAGGGCGCUCUUUCCUACCAGCAGAACUACACCCAGGUUUCCGGGAAGGAGGUUGGCGUGGAGAUGACCUCGGAUGAUGAUGAAGAAGAUCAAUCCCAUGUCGCACCAUUAGCAGUUGAGACCGAGAAAACCCUUAGUCUGAGCGCUGACGAAAGACGCCAGCUAGCCGAGAAAAAGCGAUCGGUACGGAGAAAAACGCAUUCGCCAAAGCGUGUGCAGAAGGCGGCGGAAAUGCCGAUACUGGAUGAACGUUACGCUGCGAGUCUGCUUGAAUACUACAGCAAACAUAAACCCUACUACCCAGUGGACCCAGAUCUCUCUAGGCAGAUGGAGGUGGAGGCAACUAAGGGAGUUGUGAAUGAUCAAGCCCUUGUGCAAGUUGCAGCCAAUCAAGUAGCGGUCAGUCAGGCCAUAGCCCAGGCUGUUGCAAGCCAUGCGGUAGCCAGUGAUGAGCCAUAUAGUGCGGAGGUGGCUGCUAUCGUGCAGAAUGUCGUCUCUGCGCACAUGGACGAAGUCCUAGCUGCUAGGAACUACCAGCCGGGUGUUGGUUCUGUCCCCACAGUGGACCUUGAGGGGCUCACUGUGGCACCUACAAGCAUGACCCCGGAGGUCGGGGAUGCUGUUGAGGUGAAGACGUCCAAGAAGAAGGUUGUCCCACAGAAGGUCAUACCACAGAAAGAACGGACACCUGAACAACAGCAGGUCACGCUACAGAGGUUUAAACAGAAGCUGGCUAUCACAUACCCGGGUGUGCAGGCGGUGGAUGAUUCGACCCUCCUGUGUACGUGCGGGGCAAAGGUGAAACUGGGACGAGCCAGGAUGCUGCACAACUACUCAAACUAUCACUUGAAGCGCUGCCAGAACCCCCCUAUCACAGUUCGCCACGAGACCCAUUCACCCUCGAUCAUGCCCGUGGCCCUCCACACUGUCUAUCCCCAGGGUUCCCCGGGGGAGAUUUGCCUCCCAACCACCGGCCCAAGGGUCAUUACUAAGGAGCUGGAGAGUGUGGCGUUUGCCGGGCUCUCUGCAGCAGACAGGGAAACCAUUCAAAAACACUUUCUUCUAAAUGUUCCGAUUCCAUCAUCGGACAAUACGCUAGUUGCUGGAUCAACUUCAUCGACCCCCACGCAUAGUUUAGACUUGACACUUUCUGGAUCACAGCAGGGUGUGUUACAUAUCCCUGUGUCUAGCGGGGGCCCCGGUGAACUUGUGGGGCAAAACGGGUCUAAUUCAUCAACUUCUGAUGGGUCCUUGUCAGAAACAGGUGAUGUUCGUUCUUCAGAGUCAAGCGCCAGUGUUUUAAAUGUGCCGCUACCGGGGCAGGUCUCGAGUGUAGCGGGAAAUUCUCACAGGAACCAAUCAAAAGACUUAUCUGACGGUGCAGUGUCUGUAAUGAAUGAGUCUCAGUCGUUAGACCUGUCUGUGCACAGUUCGGGACCUUCAGUACUUAUUGAGCAUCAACCAGGGUCUGAUUUGCGGGUACAAAUUCCUAGUUCAAUAGCAACAAGCAUUGCUGAGUACAGUGGUGAGCUGCCAGAUCUCUCAGCCAUUAACGCUUUAGCUUUAAUACAAGGCAAGACUGAUCAACCAAUGGAAACCUCCGACACAAAUGAACAAGAAACCAUACAAAAUGAAGAGCCAAUCAACUUGGCACACACAUAAAGUUGGAUUUGAUUUUCAUUCUCCAUUUAACCAUUGUUCAUUUUAAAACUUUUUUGUCAUUGUUAAUGUUCAAAAUCAUGUAUUCAUUCAGAACAUAUAUCACAAUCUUGAUCAUUUUACACACCAUAUGGGUUAUAUUUUUGAACAUUGAAUGUUGUGAUAGCUUCUUUGUGCUAUAAUGCGAAAAAAGUGAUGUUUACUUGUUAUGUUUUACCUUUUUGAGACAUUUAUUUUUAGCUCAUCUGUUUUUUGAAGAAAUCGGUCUGAGAUACAGUCAUAGCUUUGGUGUUGGUGUUGUUACCGGCAAAAACAUACACAAUAUUUGAAUGAUACACAUGUUGCCAGAGACAAUUGGCACGUGUUUAGCACGGCCCAUAAUUCCAGUCAUCGAAAUUAAUCUUUUGUAUAAACAAGCCUGAUUCUUAUACUACUGCUUGUCAUUACAUUUUGAACAAGCCCUGCUGUAUAAAACCCAGAAUUUGAGCAAGCCUGCAAAGUAUUUUCCCAGUGCAGGUCUGUGGGCUUGUGCUAAAUUUGACCACUGUAACUCUGGCUUUGAGAGAUAUGCCGCCUUUUUGACUUAAUAAAGAACAAAACCAGACAAGCGUUGGUACUCACUCUGCAGCUCUCUUGUUUAUGUUUUUUUUUUAAAUUCCUCCAAUGCAUGUUGUCAUUUAAUGUUAGUUUAUAACAAGUGUGCAUUGCUUUUGAUACAUACAUGAACUUACAUGUUAUUUUGUAUUGCUUUUUUAAAUCUUCUGAAUAUUGUUUUUGUGUUUAAUAGUCAGCCUACAAAUUGAAUACAAAAUUGAAACUUAGGGAUCAAAUAUUGCUUACUAGUAACUUACAAGUUAUAACUGAAUUGUUUGUUGAAAAUCUACUUUUAUGAUGGAUGAAACCCUACCAAGUUUGAUGAAAAUCAAGUUGUUGUUUUUAUUGAUAUCAUCGCUUUAAAGCAUGUGGCCAUCAAUAAACUUGUAUCAAAGUAUUUAUUAACUAAAUAUAAUGACUGAUUUCAUGAUUGCAACGUCAUUUAUGAUAUUAAUUUACUUUUAAAUCUCUAAAAUAUACCUGUAGUACAAAUAAGAGGCUAAUAUACUGACAAUGAAUUAGUUGUGAAGCAGAGAUUUAAUGGUGUAUUAUUUCUUUACGAAUACAUUUUACAAAGGUUGUUAUUGUACUAUUUUACGUAGAUAUUAGAUACUACAAUGCUUUGUUUUCUUAAAUAAGCACAAUAGUAAACCAAAUCGAGAAUUGGUCAAUGUUAAUGAUAUUGUUACUGAAAAAAGUACGUGUUUGUGACACUUGUGUUAAUUUGUGUUUGUGGUAUAUAGACUUUUUAAAUCAUUGUUUUCAUAUGAACAAUGUACUUGUGUAUAUAUGUUUUUAUUGUAUAUUUAAAUUAUUUCUCCAUGUUGGAAGUGUUUAUUUGUUAAAUGACCCACAUGUUAAUGACUCACAAUUCAUUACUUUUUAAGAUGACGUUUUCGUUUCUGAAACCCUUGACAUUAGGAUCGUGACAUAAGGAUCGGAUAUAGCAUGAUACUAGGAUAUGGUUGACAACAUUCAAUAUAUUGGUCACCAGAUAAACCCUACAGAUCUCACAGUGCAUUAUAAAUGUGCAUUAACAUUUCAGACUUCAGGUCACAACUGAGAUGAUUUAAAAUAUUACUGUUGAUUAGCGUUGACACCAUGAAUGGUGGAAAUUAGAAUAUUUACAAUUAUAGUUACAUAUUAGUUCUUGCAACGGAGUUUUGAAAAAUAUCUCUUGUUUUUGUUGUAGCUUAGUUUUAUUGUAGUCCUAUAAUUUCUGUUUGUUUUUUAGUUUCUCCAUGUAGAAAAUAUUGAUGUCGGAGCAUCUGCUGUAAUAUGACAUCAUUAAAUGAAUGGGUUAUAUAUAUUACUCAUAUGGCUUCAUCUUGAAGUCAAGGCGUUAUGUUGAUUCUAAUUGCAAUAUUAUUUCAAAUAGUACCAGUAUUAAACAGAACUGUUAUGCAGCAAUCUCUGAAUUAAAAAAACCCAUUGAGACCAACUUUUUCAAUUGAGUGUACUUACAUUGGUAUAUAGUGUUUGCUCUUCAGUCCAUUAAUGAUAAUGUUAACAUAUUCUGAUAUCUGAAAUACUGGCCUAAAUUUCUUAGCAACAAUAUUGCUUCUUCAAAGUCGUUACUUUUAACAUUUAGCAUGCGCAGAAAUGCUGGUAUAGAAAAAGAUGCUCCAACACGAAGCAAUUGGGUAUUUAUUUUAGUUUCAUUAAACAAUUCAGUGAUUUGUUUUCAAAGAUAAUAUAACUGCCUGUGCCUUUUCAAUUGGGGAGAAUAAGGAUGAAAGGUCCUAGAAGUGGCAAAAUAAGAGCAUGGUUUUCUUACAUAUAUCCCUUAUACUGCCGGUUCAAAUUUGGAAAAAUAAGUUAGUUUUAAGUACAAUCCGUAGAAGCUGGUCGCUUGCUUUACCAAAAAGAUGGUUUAACCGAAACUUCUUGUUAACCCUGUAUACUUAA